GAGAGGAGCAGAAACGGGAUGCGAUAGUUUAUAUCUAUUCUACAGACACGUCCUUUCUAUUAUUUGGAAUCAAUUUGAUCUGGUGCACAACAGCAGCAUGUCUUUCUGUCGUUUUUUUGGCGGAGAGACCUACAAGGAUCAUUUUAAACCAGGUAUGUACGUGUGCUCUAACUGUAACCAUCCGCUGUUCUCAAGUCGGUCCAAGUUCGCCCACUCAUCCCCAUGGCCCGCUUUCACCGAGACCAUCAGAGAGGACAGCGUGACCAAACUGAUGGAGAGCCUCACAGCUUUCAAGGUUCUGUGUGGCAAGUGCGGCAACGGGCUGGGUCACGAGUUUGUAAACGACGGCCCGCAGGAGGGGCUGUCCCGAUUUUGAAUAUUCAGCCACUCUCUCAAGUUUGUCCCGAACAAAGGCAAGGACAAGCACUAAAGAGCGAGUUUUCUGGCUGUUGCACCCGUCCUGUAUGAGCAUGUGAUGCGGCCAGGAUAAAGUCCCGAGAAGGACAUCCUGUCUGCUGAAGUAUCUCAGACCAGCCAGUGACAUGCGGCAUGGAUGAAACACGUGCACAUCUUUUUUUUUUUUUUUAAAGCUACUGCUUUCGUACUUAAAUAACUCAUAU